GGGCUUUGGUAUAAAUGGAGGAGGGAUUGCAGCACUCUCAAGCUAAGCAGCAUUUCUGUCUCAAUACAGAAAGUGCUUCCUCCUACGUUUUCUGUUGCAGAUGGGGCUCAGCUGAACAAGCCCUCCUCUUGAAUCCUGUCGUAAGCACCACCAUGCGGGAAGCGGGCUGGACCUGCCAGAGGCAGCAGCAACAGCCUGGGCGGCCUUGAGCAGAAGCGACGAGUUCCGCCCUCUUCUCUGGGAUGAUUUAAAGAUAAAAUAAGCUGCUCUGUUAACAACCGGUAAGAGGAAAAAUUCUCUCUGGAAGAAGUUUCCAGUUGGGAUAUGCCCACGGAAGCAGCUGCAGAGAGUUCACUUGAGACACUAAAACCUGCAAGCUGACAGGAAGAUCAUCAGUAUCUGACUCCUGAGUUACAGGUGGGGAUUUAGGUUCAUCAGUCAUGAAACGAACUCUUCUGUUUUUUAUCCUGGCUGCUGCUGUUAUGUAUGGUAUCCUGCAUGGGAAUCUGUGGAGAAAUAACUUCUACUGGAUUAGCUUUUAUGGACAGACUUCCUCUGUGAGGGCUUCUCCUUCCUAUGUGACUAGUGGAUUUACAAUCAGUUACGAUCAGCUACCACCUACAGCUAUAGAGAGGAGAAAUGCACUGGACACUUGUCUCUUGAAACCAGCAUUUGAGUCUUUACUGGGUGAUGACAAAAUAUACCCGUUCCUGUGUGCUGAUGAUUUUCUCAGAGUGGCAGGGUUCCAAGGGAGCAAUAAGUUUGAACUACCUUAUGGAAUAAAGAGAGCAGAGCAAUUUUUUCGUUUAGCCCUUUCAAGACUGCAGAACUGUGGCCUUUCCAGUGAAGAAGACAGCAUUGCCUGUCGACGGUGUGUUGUGGUCGGUAAUGGAGGAGUACUUCGAAAUAAGACAUUAGGGGAGAAAAUUGACUCAUAUGAUGUCAUAAUAAGAAUGAAUAAUGGCCCUGUGAUAGGGUACGAAGAGGAUGUUGGGAGGAAGACGACUUUCCGCCUUUCUUACCCAGAAUCUAUCUUCUCAGAUCCCAUCCACUACGACCCUAAUACCACUGUUGUUCUCAUUGUCUUCAAACCCCGGGACUUGAAGUGGCUUUGGGAGAUACUUGGUGGUCAGAAAAUAAGUGCAAAGGGCUUUUGGAAGAAACCAGCUCUGAAUAUGAUCUACAAAUCAAGUCAAAUCAGGAUUCUUGAUCCCAGCAUCACCAGGAAAACUGCUUAUGAGUGGCUUCAUUUCCCAACGAGGUUUCCUAAGAAGGAGAAACCCAAGCAUCCAACAACGGGACUAAUAGCCAUUACACUGGCAUUUCACAUAUGUCAUGAAGUCCACCUGGCAGGCUUCAAGUAUGACUUCACCGACAGAAAUAGUUCUUUGCACUACUAUGGCAAUGAAACCAUGUCUCAGAUGAUGCAGAAUGAGUACCACAACAUCACUGCCGAGCAGAAAUUUUUGAAGAAGCUUAUAGACAAGAACUUUGUGGUCAAUUUGACAUGAAAGCUGAAUGGAGAAUACCAAGAACAGUCACUAUUUUCAAGAUGUGAAAAGUUUCUAUUUUUUGUACGACAUUUUUAUUUUUUAAGUGCAGCAUAACUGUUUACUGUUUAAAGGAGCCCAGGAACCUCAUCGAGGCAAAAGCUUCUAAGCCUGAGGGUAAUGGACUGUUGCAAACAGAGUUAACUGAAUUUCUGUGAAGCUAUUUAAUAGUGGGAAAACCAUGAAACUUUCAACUGAAAGUAUCAGGGAUAUAUAAAAAUGUGAUGCACAUCACUUACUUACUAGUGAGAACUCUUUCCAGAUGAUUAAUGCUCUGGAAUACUUUUGUUUCUGAUGCUGUCCUCCAAAAGAGUUCAAGAGACUGAGAUGACCAGUGUUCAGUCAGUAAGGUGGAUGUGAAGUUGUGACUAUCUGUCUUGUUGAAUGAAAAUGGCUUUAAAACUAUGCAUCUAAAUCAUUACUGUGUGUUUUGGAGAAGGGGGAACAUAGAGACUGUACAGGUUUUGUUCUGCCAUACUCUUGAGAAGAGUAACCUUCAGCCAAGCAGCCACAGCUUCUCCACUGACCAUCAACUCUGAACUUCUGUCUGCCCUUGCCGAAGGUGAAGACACUUUGUCUGACUUGUGGAGAUGUUGGUGUUGACAGUGCUCGAGUUCUACCCAUUUUAUGGAAAAAUCAUACUCAGUGCUGUGCAUCCAGAAAAUCUUGCAGUUGCUGAGUUGACUUCAAAAAUUUAGAGGGAAUAUGAAGACUGAGGAGCUGUCCAAACUACCUGCGUGUCAGCCCCCAGAUAACAGCGGAAACACACGCCUGGACAAAGAUGUUCUGCCUGAGUUAAGAGUCAAUGUUUGUUGAAGUCCUAGUUCUCCAGGACAGGACCUCAUGUGUUUUUUUGUUUGCUCCUCAAAAACAGGUGGAUUUUUCCAAAUGAGGUCAGUCUCCUUCCUUGGAUGCUGUAACAUAUGAAUACAAGCAAGGAAUACUCCCAUUUUUGGCAGUAAAGUGCAGUAGGGAAUAUCCAGGAUGUACCUCAGCUGAAUUAUCAUUUGGCAUCUGUUUACCUCUUCUGUCUUGAUAUUUAAGUUUGAGGUGUGUGGAUGAACUAAAUUAUUUAGUAGUGGGAACUUACGCAAGAUUUUAAUUGAAAUAUUUGAUGGGAUGUUUGUUUCCUGUAUUGGUUUGUCUGACAAGCCUGUGAAUAAAUUAAAUCUGCAUGGGAAGGCGCUUGACAAUGGUCAAAGAACAACAAUAUGCUGUUCCAAUUCUCUCACAGAACAUUUAUAUAAAGUUUUUAUUUUAAUUAUGGCAGAAUUUCUCGAAGAUUUUAUGGUUAUUUUUAUUAAUCACACCUGAAGAAAGCACAAAGGAGUCCACUUAAAAAAAGUCUUUGGAUUUGGUAGGAAUACCAUUGUUGCUUUAAAAUAAAAUUAUAUAGAAAGUACACUUAGGAGUAAUGCAAACAAUUGAAAUAUGAACAUAAACCGUGGUAUUUAUUAUUUUCAGAAGCUGAGGAUUGCAGGAGUACUGAACACAAUUUGUUUUGCUUCAGCUGUGUAGAGGAAUAACCACUGAAGUAACCAAAGAGUCACCUUUCUUGUGGGGUGCAGUAGGUAUUAAAAAAAGAAAACAGCAACAAAACUAAAAACACCUUCCCUAGUUCUCAUUUCCAACUUCAGCCCCUUAGCUCUGCCAUUUGGGAAUUAGGAAGGGCAGUUGUGGUCUGGAGAGGUGCCACAGCUGAAGGGGAGGAGACCUGUGUUUUCACCCAGUGAUUCCUGAGCUUUGGUCUGUUUCAAGCAAGCUGGACAUACCUAAAAUACCUUGAGAUGUCAGAAAAAUCUGUGACAUGGGGUGGGGAAGGAUACAGGUGUGUCCCAGCAAGGGGCAGGGUCUGCCAUGGUGUCUUGUUUGCUGUGUGUCCCUUGGGUACAGCUGCACUCCAGCUGUGUGCAGAGUGGCAGGUGGGAGUAUGGAGGAGAGAGGAGCUUGUGGGGGGUCCUGGGGCACUGGAACAGGUGACUCUGGUGGUGGAAAUGGAGGAAAUCACAAUUUCUUCACCAGGUGGCAGAAGGGCUCUUAAUUUUUUGUAUUUCCUUUAUUUUUUACUGAGACUUUGAAGAGGUCUUUGCUUGAAAAUCUGAAUACAAACAGGUGGGGUUUCACUUAAGAAAAUACUGACAGUAUUGUAUUUAUUUCUCGUGGUUAUUUCAGUUAAUGAAAAAGGUUUGUGUGAUUCUGCAGCCCAAGACUUAGUAAUUUAAAUUCCUGACAACAGUAAUUCCACCUGCAGAAGCUGCUGUGGCAAGGCUUUUUGCAGACAUAGCAGUGUUCUCCAGGCUCUUGUUGCAGAGGAGCCCCUGGUAGAUCUUUUUGUGUUGAGAGCCAAGGCUGGCAGAAGAGGGGACUGCUCCUUCACCCUCAAAAUCCGCAGUUGCUUCCAGAGCUGGGGCUCCCAGCUCUCCCCAUGGCUGCUGCCACAGUCCAGCUGCACCCAUGUAACAUCUUGCAGGAUGCUGUCCAGGUGGACUUUUUUUCCAGGAGAGCUGUUGAAUUUGUUCCAGACACUGUGAGAAGAGUUUUUGUGAUGGUGCAAGCUGCAUCCCUCUGCUUCUCCACCCCUGUCUUGAGUUCCAGGAAUGGGUAGGGAGCUCUGCUUUUGAAGAUGUGGUUAUUUUCUGUGCUUUAUUUCAUCUUCAGAGAUAUUCUUCCCACUAAUCUAAACUUACUCCUUCUCCAGGUUUUUCUAGUAGGUUUUUAUGCUUUUUGUGGGAGGAUGGGAUUUGGAUGCUAGCUGUAGCAGAACAAACGAAAUAAUUUGAAACAAAAAAGCAGCUUAAUGUCAAACAAAUGAUGUCUCCCAAACUCUUUGUACUUAAACGCUUUAGUCUAUUUUACUUCUGCCACAUCAACUUUUUGAUCUCCCUAAAAUAUUUUUUUAAAUAAUGUUUGGUGUUCUCAACGAAUUUAAUAUGUUCUCUACUAGCAGUUAUCCAUAUCAGCUGUUUCUUUUUAUAUCCUAAUAAGCCUUGCCAUUGUAUGACUAAAUUACUUCUGAAAUUAAGCUGUAUUUCCAGUUUCUCCCACUUCUCCACCCCUGCUCCUGCCAGGGGUGUUGAAUCCACCACAGUUUGUCCCAGGCUGACUGGGUAACAUUUUGAAUGAAACCUGUUCCCUCAGGAUCAAGCCAAGAGCUGAUGCUGCUGAUAUACCAUGGGGUAUUUUUGUGUGUUUGUUUUUUUAUUUUUUUUUUUGAAAGCCCAGCUUGCAGGCCAAUAGCUUUUCUCCUCAGUAAUAAGCAGUGAACCAAGUAAUGAAUUUUUCUCCUCACAAGAUGUUUUGUAGGAUCCUGUAUACACCAGCCCUGUUCCACCACCUGCUUCACGCACAUCAUUCCUGCUGCUCUGCCGCGAGGACAGGUGAUGCUUUGGCACUAACUUGAUUCAGGCAGGAAUGCCCAUGUGAGGUGUGUUUCUCAGCAGUGCUCACAGAUUACAGUGUCUCUUCUGUCUGGGCACAUUUUCACAGGUGUUUUGCAGUACCAAAGACUUGACUGGGGCUUUUAGAAUAACCGAGUAAUGCUAACACCAAAUAUUUAGAUAGUUUCUGAGCAUGAGCUGCUAUUAAGACUUUUUUCCCCCCUUUUUACCAUUCCUGAAAAUGAAGUCUCUGCACUGAAAUCUCCCUUUAAAAGCUAUCCUUUUUUUUAUUGUAUCAGGAGUGAAACAGCCAGUGUCAUUUCUGUGUCUGAUAAUGGUGUAACUAUAUAGGUCCCCAGUGUCUCCCAUCAUUUUUCUAUCUGAAGUCGGAUGUUCUCCUUCCUUCUUACUCUGUUCCUGUUCUCUGGCAGCCUGCUGAACUUCUAGACAGCAUCACCUUAUAGCAAAGGUGCUUCUGCAUUUUAUCUGCCACCCCUCUCAAAAUGCUGCACUGUCAGACACAGCUCUAAGAUACCAAACUAUGCACAGAACGGGCAGGAUGACACGUUGGUUGAAAGCUAUUUGGCUCAGACUUUCAAGAGAUUUCUUUGUUGAGAAACUAUUUUUUCCUCUGCUGUAAUAAUUAAGGGAAGUCACAGACUAUUGCACUAAAUACAAAUCUGAGAGUGCCUAAAAGAUGUUAUUAAAAUGACAUUCCUAGUGACUAUACAGGUGAUAAAAAUAUGUAAUCAGAGCUCUGGUGUUUAAUUAGCAUGUGUUACUCCUUGUUUCCAAUGCCAUACUUUAUUUUUUAGCAGUGCUCUGGGGGAAGAGUGUAAAUACCUUCACUUUUAAGUGGACUCUGAUUUUUUUAAGAACGUACAAAGCUCAACAUAUGUUUUUCGUAUUGGGAAAUACUUACUUGCCACUUGUCUUAAGUUUUAUAUGCCUUUAAAGUGCCACCUGUAUUUUGAAGAGUUAGAGUUGUUUCAAGUGAAAUUUUGAAUACCACAUAUGGAAUGAGAUUACUUUCCUGUGAAUAAACUGUUA